GCCUCUUCUCCAAGCAACUCGCUUCCCUGGAGCCGAGGGAGGCCAUCCCUGCUCGGCUGCUCUCGCCAAGGAUGGCUCCGGAGGGCGAUCGACUCUUUUCCUGGGCGGCUGCGGCGCUCGCCCUGCUCUUGGCCGUCUGGGUCGCCCGCUUCCUGCUGGACCAGUGUUGGAAAUACGUGGAGCUGAAGCCCAUCCCGGGGCUCAGUCCCUGGUACCCGCUGCUGGGCAACGCGCUGCUCUUUGAACGCGAUGGGGAAGCUUUCUUUCAGCAAAUGAUAAAUUCCAUGGAACCCUUCCGGAAUGUCCCACUGAUGCAACUUUGGAUAGGACCACAUCCCGUUGUGCUCUUAUAUCGUCCAGAAACUGUAGAGGUAGUGUUGAGGAGCUCUAAGCAUCUUGCAAAACCCUUUAUCUACACGUUUUUGCAUCCUUGGCUGGGCACAGGACUCCUAACGAGCACUGGAGGCAAAUGGCGGUCCCGAAGGAAAAUGUUAACACCCACCUUCCAUUUUACAAUCUUAGAAGAUUUCCUCGAAGUGAUGAAUGAACAAGCCAAUGUCCUUGUUCAGAAACUUGAAAAGCAUGUGGACAAGGAGCCGUUCGAUUGCACUUUAUACAUUACUCUGUGUGCCCUUGAUGUAAUUUGUGAAACAGCUAUGGGCAAGAACAUAGGAGCACAACACAAUAAGGAUUCCGAAUAUGUCCAAGCUGUCUACAGGAUGAGUGUUCUGAUUCAACAAAGACAGAAGUCUCCCUGGCUCUGGCCUGACCUUCUCUACCUCAUGUUCCAAGAAGGAAGAGAACAUUACAGGAGUCUGAAGAUACUUCACAGCUUUACUGAUGAUGUCAUUGCAGAAAAAGCUCAAGAACUAAAAAACCAGGAGCAGCAUAGAAGCAAUGCUGUCAGCAACGGUGAACAAAGCGGGCACAAAGUCAGGAGAGCUUUUCUUGAUAUGCUUCUGAAUGCCACAGAUGAUGAUGGGAAGAAGUUGAGCUACCUGGACAUACGAGAGGAAGUGGAUACAUUCAUGUUUGAGGGUCAUGAUACUUCCGCUUCUGCCAUGAAGUGGUGUAUUUACUUGCUUGCAAGUCAUCCAGAAGCCCAAAGAAAAGUUCACCAUGAACUUGAUGAGGUUUUUGGGGACUCAGAUCGUAACAUCACAAUGGACGAUUUGAAGCAACUAUGGUAUCUGGAUUGUGCUAUUAAAGAAGCUCUUCGCCUUUUCCCUUCUGUUCCAUUUUUUGGCCGUACACUGAGUGAGGAAUGUUAUAUUAGAGGAUUCAGGAUACCCAAAGGAACGGAUGUCAUAAUUGGGUCUUUCAUGCUGCACAGAGACCAUGUUGUCUUCCCGGAGCCUGAGGAAUUCAGACCUGAGCGAUUUUUCCCUGAGAACGCAGCUGGGCGGCACCCAUAUGCAUAUGUGCCUUUCUCUGCAGGGCCAAGGAACUGUAUCGGUCAGCGCUUUGCAAAGAUGGAAGAAAUGUUGAUUCUAGCUACCAUCCUGCGGCACUUCUCUAUUGAAAGUACACAGCGACGUGAUCAACUCUGCCCUGUAGGAGAACUGAUUCUUCGUCCAAAUAAGGGCAUCUGGAUUCAGCUGAAAAGGAGAUCGACUUCCUGCUCUUAAAAUAAGAAACCUCAGGGAAAUUCCUUACCACACUGCAUUGGGACUACUUCAGUAAAGACUAUCGAUUUUCAUAGCAGGACUUUUCAGAGUGCCUGAUGCGACUAUGACUUAUUUUUUAAACUGCCCAGGGUGGCUGGGGAAGCCC